UUGCUGGAUGCAGAGGGGACAUUUCCCAGCAGCACAGAGGAUCCCAUCUCCAUGCAUCACCAGGCAUGAUAAUUACACACCCACUUGACAGCAGCACCCACACCUCGGAUGCCCAUCCCCGACUGAAGAACCCACAGCUGAGGAGCGAGCAGGACGCCACCGGCGGCUUUUCAGCAUCUGCUUCAAUACAGUUAACCGAUCUUAACAGAAACAUCUGGAGCUUUAGAGGCUGCAGAAGAGGCGCGGGGGAGACCACUCACUGAAGUUCACUUAGGCUAGAGAAGGAGACUUUUUCAAGAAGAGAUGGCCAACUCCGGUAUUCAGCUGUUGGGAUUUUUCCUGUCACUGAUUGGCAUCGUUGGAUUGAUCGUCGGGACCAUUCUGCCGCAGUGGAAGAUGUCCGCGUACAUCGGGGACAACAUCAUCACAGCGGUGGCCAUGUACCAGGGGCUGUGGAUGUCAUGCGCAUUCCAAAGUACCGGACAGCUCCAGUGUAAAAUCUACGACUCCAUCCUGCAGCUCGACAGUUCUCUCCAGGCCACUCGUGCCUUGAUGAUAGUCGGCAUCAUCGUGUCCAUCGCUGGUCUGGGCGUGGCCUGCAUGGGAAUGAAGUGCACCACCUGUGCAGGGAAUGAUAAACUACGCAAGUCCCGCAUUGCCAUGACAGGAGGCAUCAUCUUACUAGUGGGAGGGCUGUGUGCCAUUGUAGCUUGCUCCUGGUUUGCUCAUAAUGUGAUCCGGGCCUUCUAUAACCCCUACACUCCUGUCAACACCAAGUUUGAGUUUGGAGCUGCCAUCUUCAUCGCCUGGGGUGGCUCCCUGCUAGAUGUCUUGGGUGGAGCCAUGUUGGCCGCCUCCUGUCCACGAAAAAAACACGUGUCCAAGUAUCCGUCUGUGCCCAGUUCCCGAUCUGGUCCGCCCAGCAGCACCAAAGAAUAUGUCUGAGAGGGCUCCCCAAUACAGUCUGGGACAAGGAAGUCUCCCCAAUCCCCACAUCCCCUUCUUUUUGAAGCACCAGCGAGGAGUUAAACUGAAGGUGUAUAAGAAGUUGUGAAUAAUAGAGGCAAAGAAUUACUGAAAUGGGACUCUUUCGUUCAGGCAGGCCUUUGAUAACCCCUUGAUUAUCACGCAGCACUCUUAAUUGUUUUCUUUUUUAUAAAUGAUGUCUCACACCCCUUUCACACAUUCCACAAUUGUUUACAAGUGAUUUUCACAAAUACUUUAUAAUUGGAUCCCCUGACUUAAUAGACAAGCCCCGGGGGUGUAACCUCUUGAAUUGUAACCUAAAUGGUGGACUAUAUCCAACGAUUGCACCUCUACGUUACAACCAGCAUCUAUUAUUGAAAGUAAUCAAUUCCAGUUAGGUGGCUAAGCUGCGACUCAGGGGUCCUGUACAACAGAGAGACAGGGUGACAAUGCAGUGUUUUAUAUCAACUCUUGGUGGUUCUAAAAUAGAUUUUACGAUGAGCAGAGUGUGACUUCACACACAGGGCUCACUGUGUAGGGUGACCACAUCACUCUAGCCUUUUACUACAACAUGCGUUACAGGCCCUGCGCCUCUUCAUACCAGUCUGUUACAAACCCUGCUCACAUAUGAAAUAUUUUAUUAUGUAGUCACUGUGCCAUUAUCGCUCUCAUAGCGUCCAUAUCAGCCACUAUGAAAUUAAACUGCCUCUAUUUAUUUGUCAAACGUAGGAUGAAGUUUUUGCUCCGGUGUAGAUUUGCAGUAUAUAAUUUGUAGUUCACUGUGGCCCGCUUGUAGCUUUCAGAGGUUAUAAAGUCAUAUUUUUUUAAGAUGUGAACAAUGUGGGCUGUUUUUUUUUAAAAACAUCAUAGUUUUAUACAUUUAGCUCAUCCACUGUAGCAGAUUAUGAUGUAAUGAUACAUAAAAGAACAUUUUAACAUGUCCAGCAAUGCUUAUAUAAUAAAGAGUGUAUUGUAAAGAAUAUUAUUUCUCCAUUGUUAUAAAGAAAGCUCAGUUUUGAGAAUAGGUGACGCAAAUAACAAAGGUGUUGUUUCUUUUCCAAAAAAGCAAAUGCUUCACAUAAUACUGUGUUGUCAGAACUGUUCAUCCAAUCAAUGAAAUCACAAAAUCUUCACUUAAGACAGCAAAGAGAAAAGACAAACUUCUCUCUUGUCAAAGACCAUAAAAUCACACAUUCAUACUUAAAGUUAUUUAGUGAUGGAAAAGUGACAAAAUUAAAAUUAAAUGUAAAAGUAUUUUAA